AUGAUUGAUAUCCACAAAGGCAAAAUAAAAAAGGAAGAAUCAAAUGAGCGUAACUGCCAUAGUGAUACCACACGAAAUGAUGCGAUUGGCUGUUUGAAUAAUGCUAAUCAUGAUGAUAAAAACGAAGAAGACGUUUUAAGAAAAGGGGGGAAAAUGAGUACAGCAAAGGAGAAAAAAACAAAAAAAAAUAAAAAAAACAAGAAAAACAAAAAAAACGAAAAAAACAAAAAAAACGAAAAAUACGAGAAAAACGAAAAAUACGAGAAAAACGAAAAAAACGAAAAAAAUAAGAAAAAUAAGAAAAAUAAGAUAAACAUUGAAAACAUAGAAAAGGAAAAAAACGAAAAAAGCAGAGAAAAACAAAAAGCAGAAAAUAAAAAAAAGGAGAGUCAAAAUAAGAAUGAGUUUAAAAAGAUUAGAAGGAGUGAUAAUACAAAUAAGCAAGAAACAGAUUAUACAAAACAACAUCAGAACAGCACUUGUGAUAUUUAUGGCGAAUCGUUAAGUGAUGAAGACAAAAUUGUUGUACCUAGCUCAGAUAUUAGCUCAACGGAAUGUGGAGGUUGUACUGAAGUUAGUGCACUGACGGCUGUAGGAAGCGAGUUAGAAGUCAACUCGGUGAAAGGAAUGGCAAGUGAAGACCCCAUAAAUGGCGAUAAUGACGCAAACAAAGCGGGUGAAGUGAUUAAAGCGGACGAAUCAAAUGUACCAAAUGCACCGAAUGAACUGAAUAAACCGAAUGAACUGAAUAAACCGAAUGAACUGAAUAAACCGAAUGAACUGAAUAAACCGGAUGAACUGGAUAAGCCGCACGAACCUGACGGUAGUGUCGAGUCAGGCGCGGUGCCCGCGAAAGAGAACUUCUACAGCGAAACCAAGUUUGAAGACUUGAACAUUUGCGAUGCUUUAAAAAAAGGAUUAAAGGAAUUAAAUUUCGUAACCUUAACAGAAAUCCAAGCAAAAUGUAUCCCUCCUUUUUUAAAUGGUAAGGACAUAUUAGGAGCAGCCAAAACGGGGUCAGGUAAAACAUUAGCUUUUCUUAUACCAUCAGUUAACAUUUUAUAUAAUAUAAAAUUUUUACCGAAGAAUGGAACAGGUGUAUUAAUAAUUUCACCAACAAGAGAAUUGUGUCUUCAAAUAUUUCAAGUAUGCAAAGAGUUAUGUAAAUAUAUACCUCAAACGAAUGGUAUUAUUAUUGGUGGGAUGAGUAGAAAUGAAGAAAAAAAAAAAUUUAUUCAUGGAUUAAAUAUUUUAAUUGCAACUCCAGGAAGACUAUUAGAUCAUAUGCAAAAUACGAAGGAAUUUAUUUAUAAAAAUUUAAUUUGUUUAAUUAUAGAUGAAGCUGAUCGCUUAUUACAAAUAGGGUUUGAAGAAGAAAUUAAUUUAAUUAUAAAAAGACUACCAAAAAAAAGACAAACCGCUUUAUUUUCAGCUACACAAACAACAAAGGUAGAAAGCCUUAUUAGACUUUCUUUACAAAAACCAAUAUUUAUAGAAGUAACUACAAAGAUUGCAACAGUUGAACGAUUGCAUCAAGGAUAUGCUUUAGUAGAUGAGGAUAAAAGAUUUCUCUUAUUAUUUACAUUUUUAAAAAAAAAUAAAUCAAAAAAAAUUAUGGUUUUUUUCAAUAAUUGUAUGUCUGUUCAAUUUUAUAAUGAUUUAUUAAAUUAUAUCGAUAUACCUACUUAUUGUAUUCAUGGGAAAAAAAAGCAGAAUAAACGAUUGAAAAGUUUUAAUGAAUUUUCUUCCUCCAAAAGUGGUAUUUUAUUAUGUACAAAUGUAGCUGCAAGAGGAUUAGACAUUCCAAAUGUUAAUUACAUUAUUCAGUAUGAUCCACCAGAUGAUUCAAAAGAAUAUAUACACAGAGUUGGUAGGACAUGUAGAGGUAAGGAUUCCACUGGUUCUGCUAUUAUAUUUCUUAUGAAACACGAAUUAAAAUUUUUAAACUAUUUGAAAUUUUAUAAUAUUCCAAUAAAUCAGUUUGACUAUGACUCCAGCAAACUUAUAAACGUACAAUCGCAUAUUCAAUCCAUUGUUACCAAAAAUUUACAUUUGUAUAAAAUGGCUAGGGAGGCCUUCAAAUCAUAUUUAAAUGGAUACAUUACCUAUGCGCUGAAAGACGUCUUCGAUGUGAACAAUCUGAACUUGCUGUUAACUUCGAAAAAUUUUGGCUUGGACGUUCCUCCAAAAGUUGAUUUAAAUUUAAAAUUAAACAUCAAAAAGAGGAAGUUUAAAUAG